AUGAAUAGCAAAUUGAAUCAACUAGAAAUGUAAAGCCAGGCUAACCAAAUACAAAAAGAUCAGAUCUAAUAAUAAUUCAUUGAGGAGUAGGAGGAUUUAGAUAAGAUUUAUGACAAUUAUUUCAUAUCAUCUAGAGGUGAUAGUAAAUCCCCCCAAAUUUAAUAGCUGAAUGGAGACAUAGAAAAAUAGUUUGAAGAUCAGUGGCUAUACAGCCUGCUAUAGAAUCAUUUAUUGUACCAAAGUCAGACUAAGUCCUCAAAUUCUAAAAAACAUAAUACCACAACCUUUAUUUACGAAAGUAAUGUUGAAAAUUACAGUUCAUCAUUGAAUGAAGGAGAUUAAACUAAUCCAACUGAAGAGAAGGGAGAUAUUUUGAAAAAUGGAAAUAGUGGCUGUUUAUAAAAUGAAUUGAACCUAACCAGAUCCAAAGUUUCUGAAAAUGAUCUUGAGAGAACAAUAAUUAAGCAGCAAUUUCAUAAACAGAACAGUAAUAAUAAUAGAAGAAUUAAAAAAUAAUCACACAGAGUUUCGAUUAAGUCGAAGGAAUAAUAUCAAUAUCUGGAAUCUCAAUUCAUUAAGAAUCAACGUUGGUCUAAUGAAAGGAUUCUAGAGAUAUCAUAACAAAUAGGAUUGUCAUUCUCAAAGGUAUACAAAUGGAACUGGGACAGGAGAAUGGCAUUAAAAUAAUAUCAUGAACAAGGAAAAUACUGCGACAGCAGAUAUAUUAAAAUAUUCGAGGUCGAGAAAUGCUCUAAAAACAAGCAAGGAAGUGAUUCUAAAGAAAUAAGACAUUCAAGUGAAUAUAGAGUCUUUAAUAUAUAAAGAAUUUGA